AUGGCAGGUAACAAGCGAUCGUGGGAAGGCGAUCUGGUGGGCACCGAGAAGACACAGGCAAAAAUGGCCGCAGCACCAAUUGAUGAGCCUUCUUCACAUGUUCUCUCCAUGUUCGGGACCUUCCGCGACGAACUGGAUGAGCACCACGACCGCCGAGAACGAGUCAUUAAGACGAGCAGAGACAUUACAGCCUUGAGUAAGAAGAUAAUCUUUUCGUUACAACGCAUUCGCACAAUAAAAGCCCCCCUCCCCGCCUCAAUCGCCAAAGAGACCAAAACCCGCUUCGACCAAAUCACCGCCCUCUUCCAGAACGUCAUCCCCGACGUCACGGGCCUCAACAGCUGGCGCUACCAGCGCCAACUCAGCGGCGCCAUCCAGGAAUUCAUCGAAGCCCUCUCCUUCAACCACUACCUGCAGACCCAAACCCUCAUCUCCCACGCCGAAGUCGUCGCCCGCCUUCCCGCCGAGAUCCUCGUCACGGAAGAAGAUUACCUGAUGGGGCUGUUCGAUCUGACGGGCGAAAUGAUGCGGUUUGCGAUUACUUCGCUGUCGACGGGCGGGCAGGCGACGCUGGGCCCCGCACUGGCGGAUAGUGGCGGUGAUGAUCUGGCGGCGGGCAAUGUCUCCGGCGCUGGUGUGGAUCUGCCGAAGCUGCCGGCCACGCAGGCUGGUAUUGUGGUUGAUUUGAGGGAGAUGCGGUCGUCGUUUGAGUUGCUGAGUGUGCCGCGGCGGCAUGGGAAUAAUAUGUUUCGGGAUAUGGUGAAGAAAGUCGAUGUGAUGCAGACUAGCGUGGAGAAGGUGGAGCGCGCUGCGUAUGGGAUUUUGGUGCGUGGGAGUGAGCGGCCGUCCGGGUGGACGCCGGAUCUGUCGGGGCAGGUUGAUAUGGAGGUUUAUUGA